UGGGGAUCUCAACCCUAGACAAAGAUUUUCUCUUUCACUCUUUUGUUCUUUUUCUCACAAACCCUUUGUUCUUCAUCAUCUUCUUCAUUAUCAUCAUCAUCAUCAUCAUCAUCUUCUUAAUCCUGGUUAUUGGACUGUGGUUGAUUCCCAAAAUUCACAUGCAAAAAUGGAUGCCACACAACGAAUGGUAUGUCGACAAGACUUCUUCAACCCUCUCACUUCAAUGGGAUUGCAGAUGUCCAGCAUUCUGGUCAUUUCACACUUCUUCAACCUUGUUCUCAAAGAACUUGGUCAACCCGGACCCAUUGCUCAAAUCCUUGCAGGCCUUGUUCUUGGUCCUACUGGUUUGUCAAAUAUUCACAAAGUGAGAGACUUCUUCUUCCAAGCUUCGGCAGCCGAAUACUACGAAAUCUUCGGAUUCUUCUGCCGCAUGCUUUUCAUGUUCUUGAUUGGUUUGGAAACCGACCUCUCUUACAUACUCAAAAAGCUGAAAAUCUCCAGCACGAUAGCUUACGGUGGUGCAAUGGUGGGUGCCAUUUUUGGCAUUGCAGUUUCUUUCUUCUUGCACCAGCAGUUGAUGUUGAACGACAAGAAGAAGUUCGGUUUCCUUCUUGUUAUCAUGCUCAUGACGGCUUAUACUGCGUGUCCGGUUGUGAUUCGUGUGGCUACGGAUUUGAAGUUUGCUACCUCGGAGAUUGGUAGAUUAGCAAUAUACUCUUCCAUCAUCAAUGAGAUAACUUGUUUGAUAGUAUUUGGUUUCAUACUUGGUAUACAUAAAAUGGCAUUCUUUGGUGAUUUUUUUCUCACUGUUUUUGUCACUUUGGUCGUGGUCGGUAUCAACAAGUUCGUAGCUAUUUGGUUCAACAGAAGGAAUAGGAACAAGAAAUAUCUUACAAACCCUGAGCUUUUGUUCAUUUUGUCACUCUUGAUCGGGAAUUCGAUGAUCAUCGAAAUGUAUACGAGUAAUAGUGUGAUUAGUUGCUUUGUUAUCGGGAUUAUGUUUCCGAAAGAAGGGAAAUCCGCUCGGACUUUGGUGCAGAAACUGAGUUAUUGUGUUCAUAAUUUCAUACUUCCUGUUUAUUUUGGGUAUUUAGGGUUUCAGUUUGAUGCUAGCCGUUUGAAUAGUCUCAGCAGCGUUGCUAUUGUUGUGAUUAUGGUGGUUUUGAGUAUUGGGAGCAAGAUUAGUGGUACUCUUGCUGCUUGUCAUUACUUGAAAAUUCCAUUGAAUCAUGGGGUUUUUCUUGGUUUCUGUCUCAACUUGAAAGGACAUGCUGAUGUUGUAUUCAUUGGCCAAGCCACUAAUUCAUUAGUUGAUUGGAACUCAGAAGCAUACAACUUAUUGUUAAUUACAAUUGUGAUCAACACAGUGAUAUCAGGGCCAGUCCUCGCUCUCCUAAUGAGAAGAGAGGACAAACUCUUCACUCAAACAUACACAACGCUUGAGCAUCACAACCCUGAGAGUGAGCUUCGAACACUGGCUUGUGUCUACGGCCCUCGUCAUGUCUCUGGUGUUCUUGCAACUAUGGCUGCAAUAAGCGGGUCCCAACCAACACCGAUGAUCCCUUACAUGAUGCAUCUCAUCGAACUAAUCCAAAAGCGAAGGACCAAUGUGUCGUAUCACGAGCUAGAAGACGAUGAACAAAGCGACAACGAAGACUAUGGAGGAAAUGAUGUUUUGGAGAUCAAUGACGCCGUCGAUGCUUUCACCACAGCGACAAAGAUCAUUGUCCAUAUUAGCAAAGCGGUAUCGGCCUUCUCAAACUUGUACGAGGAUGUUUGUAACGUUGCCGAGGAUAUGCACACUUCAAUUGUGAUUCUUCCAUUCCAUAAACAUCAGAGGAUUGAUGGGAAAAUGGAGAGUGCUAAAGAAGGUGUGAGGAUUACAAACCAGAAGGUUCUUCGCCACGCUCCUUGCUCUGUUGGUAUAAUUGUUGAGAGGGGACAAGCUGGGGUUCCAGGGUUUUCGCAGUUGCUUGAUUACGUGAGUGUUCAACAAGUUGCUACUUUGUUCUUCGGUGGUCCGGAUGAUAGAGAGGCCAUUGCUUGGAGUACAAGAAUUGCUAGUCAUCCUCUCGUAAAUUUGACUGUCAUUAGAUUUCUGUCCACGGAAUCGUCGAGUACGAGAAAUGAGAGGGUGGAUGAACGAGAUGAUAUCGAGGUUUUCAUGUCGUUGGCGAGUUUGGAAACUGGCAAUGAUGUCGACAAUGCCUUCCUCAAUGACUUUUACAAUCGGUCUGUAACUUCAGGUCAAGUUGGAUAUGUAGAAAAGUAUGUGAACAAUGGAGCACAAACAGUGGCAGCUCUUGUGGACAUAGGGGACAUGUACUCGUUGUUUAUAGUAGGGAAAGGUGGACGAGGACACUCACCAUUGACAACCGGCAUGAGUGAUUGGGAAGAAUGUCCUGAACUUGGAACUGUUGGUGAUCUCCUAGCUUCCUCUGAUUUCAAUGUCAAUGGCUCCGUUUUGGUCGUCCAACAAUAUCGCCAUUCCAAGAAAGAGUUUCUAGACGACUAGAAAUUUUUCUAAAUUUUAUUUUAUUUUAUUGUUGUUUACCUUGUAAAUUACAAAACUGUACAUUAUUGUUGCUCUAAAAACAGCCCAA